CUAUUUUAGUGAACACAGUGGAGUCACAGCAUGGAGCUUAUUAUUCGCUGUAAUUGACUGGUUAAUGUACAUUAUAUAUAUUUAUACAUUAUAUUUGUAUUUUUUUUCGGUGUUGGCUUGAAACAGGAAUUCCAAUGUCGUGCCGGAGACUUUGUCAAAUGUCCCAGCGCCGUUUGGUGUCCAGUGCAGCAGCUGAACGGAUUUCUGCGUCACAAUUGCGCAGUUGGCGAAGUAGCCUGUUCUCCAAAGAACAAGCUCUCCAGCGCUCCAUGUAUCCACGAGUUGAGAAAAUCGAGGUGACUAUGGAUGCCCCAGGGCUACAGGGAACACUUCUGGUUAUGAACAAGGGCAUGUCCACGCCAUAUAGCUGCGCAAGACAUUUGACAGAGUGGCACGUAUCGAGUGCAGCUCUCGCCCUGGUGGACGGAGAGCCAUGGCACAUGCAUCGUCCACUCACUCGCUCCUGCUCGCUCACACUGCUCACGUUUAAAGACGCCAAUCCUCAGCUGGUUAACCAGGCGUAUUGGCGUUCCUGUGCAGCCUUGUUAGGCCAAGUGCUCGACGAUGCCUUUAAGGAGGAGUACAGCGUGGAGCUGCUGAAGAUUCCUGAAGUUCCUGUGACUGCUGGUGCUUUCUGCUGUGAUGUGGUUCUGGAUCCUCAGUUAGAUUCCUGGACUCCAUCAGAGGAGAACCUGCGCUCGUUAACUCGUGAAGCUCAGCAGCUCAUGUUAAAAGAUUUACCCUGGGAGCCUCUGGAGGUGACGCCGCCUGUAGCACUGGAGAUCUUCUCUCACAGCAGAUAUAAACAAGAGGAGGUUGAAGAAAUGGCCGCUAACUGCCGCAGUGGCAAAGUGUCAUUAUACAGGUGUGGGGAGCAUGUGACUCUGUCAGAGGGCCCCCUGGUGGCCAGAACAGGUCUGUGCUCUCAGUAUGAAGUAACAGCACUGCACACACUGGGAGGAGGACGGUGGGGUUUACAGCGCCGAGUCCAGGGUCUCUCACUUCCCCUGAACCUCACGGCUUACCACACAGUAUGGAGGAAGCUGAGGAAGAGAGCUGAGAAAUUGGUGGAGAUUCCCUCAUCUACAGCUAGUGAACCUGUGACCACACCAACUUCUCCCCAAACCACUCCCUCAUCUUCCCAACACUGACCUGCAGCUCAGCACAUGCACACAAAAUACUCUUCCGUCUUUGUGUAACAUUGUUGAAUAAACUACACACCAGUGGCA